AAAAAUUAAAAAAAAAAAAAGAAAAACAUUUUAAGCAGCGCCGAAGGAAAUAAGAAAAGGGAGAUGCAAGAAGUUUGGACUUUCUUCAAGCUGCUCGAAAUGCUACUCGGCAUCGUCUGUCUCACAUUUCACGUGGUGGGUUUUUCGCAGACCGAGCCUUUGCCGCAUAAUCUCUUCUACUGCGGCACAUUCGCCAGCUUUACGUUCUUCUCCUUUCUGGGCAUACUCAAUGUAUAUUUUGGACGCGGCCGCACCGCCAUCAUGGAGGCUAUACCCACAACAUUGGGUGCUGUGAUGCAUUUUGCCGCUUCCAUAUUAUCAAUGUAUCAUGCGGAGAAUGAUUUUCAUCUCAUGUUUCUAACCGAUUUCGAGGAGCCACAGCAUUCGUACUUUUUCUACUGCAAAGCACAAAGUAUUGCGGCUCUAACGACAGGCGCUUUGUAUAUGUUGCAUGCAACAUACGCUUAUGAUGCUGUUUUCAUACGCACCCGCAGACGCUUACAUGUGGGCGUAACGGAGGACGCAGAGACCGAGGAUGAAACAGAGUCGGCGCCAAGGCAUCAAAUACACAUUGAAAUGUUUGUGCUUGGCAAGUGGUGCCAUUCGAAAUUGUUGCGCUACAAAUGGUUUCAGAAAUUAGCUGCGAAGCCGUAAACGAGGUAGAGCAUUCCGGCAUAUCACUAUGAAAACUGUAUCGCUAAAUCCAGGAAAGAACUAUUCAAGUUAC